AUGAAGUUACCCAUAGAGCCAAUCCAGCAAUUCUCUUGCUCUUCUUCGAGUCCCUGGGGUGCCUCUGCAAGAGGCUCCAUGUUACUGGACCUCUUCAUACUGAGCCUCUUCAGUGACAGGGGCAGUGGCAAAGGCAAUAGUAUGCUUGGAAAUAGACUGAACGCCAGCUCAAAGAUUAAGCAGACUGGAAUACGUCUGCGGCUGGCGUGGCAUAAUCACACCAACUUCAUGAUCAGAGGCGAUUCCUCCGAGCUCAUGGCCAAUCACGAUGGCCAUCCAAAUCCCUUGUCCGUCAGAAUUCAUGGGAAACUCACGCCGACGACCUUUACCAGCAUAGGCCAAGCUCAACCUUGGGCUUAUGGAAGUGAACCACCCGAAACAUGCCUUCUUCACAUCAAACCCACCGAGUAUUCCAAUAUUGAUACUGCAGUAUACGCAUUACCCUGCAUCGCACCAAAGACGCAACAGCUCUUAACAAGCACCGUCCGUUGUAGUCGAUGGCCGAGCGGUACGAUUCUAUCGUAUGUUGGCUCACGGUCCUACAUAAUGCCAUGGAUUGCUUGUUUUUUUCCUACAGAGGCUACGGUUCGUGAUCACCUGACCCUACUUGCCACGCACCGAAAUUGUGGUACCGAAAUUCCGCACCUGAUACUCCCGACUAUCAAAGAUUCGCGCGGCAGGAUUUGCGGCAACAGUGGCAUAAUCGAUGGCGUCGAGUCCAUCCGCGCAGACACGGCGGAGGCCUUUUGUCCCUACCGAGACUCUGUUGCUCAUCGUCACGGUGAGGUAUACACGUGUCAAAGAGACAACGAGCGUCAUCGGACGACAUCGGGUAUCGACGGCCGUACGAUUUCGCCAGCGCACCUUGUGGACACCCACCAAAGACAGUUGACACGAGAAAGAAUCACAAAACGCGUCAAAAAAUUUCAAGGCUUCAAAAAAUUUUCAAUAAGCCGUCUAUGCAUAGGUAUCAUCAUCAUGUACUUCUUUUUAUCAACCCCUGCGCACCCACAUUCCCUUGACUAG